CUUCUCUGGCUUACUUUAUCAGCGCACUAAAGCCGCGCCCAUAAGCAACGUCAUCGCUCAGAUAUGUGUAACCCUCGAUUACUCGCCCACCAACAACAGCAUGUCGAUCAAAAUCAGUGACUUGAAGCUUUCCAAGCUUAAGCCCCUCGCGCAUCAGCAUUUUGAGCCCCCUACGCAAUUUCGCAGUCGCUUCGAGUUCGAUCACCAUGAUGACAAGAUCCAUGUCCUACUAUGUGCAACAGGCUCUGUCGCAACCAUUAAGAUACCCAACAUGAUCAGAGCGCUUGAAAAACACCCCAAUGUUGCCAUUCGACUCAUAUUCACGACCUCGGCAAAGAAUUUUCUACAAGGGCAGAGCGAGGAACAGCCUACUCUGAUGUCGCUAGAAGCUCUUCCGAAUGUAGAAGGCAUCUACUUUGACGAAGAUGAGUGGAAAGAGCCCUGGAAGCGGGGCAAUAAGAUUUUGCAUAUCGAAUUGCGACGGUGGGCAGACAUCAUGGUCAUCGCCCCACUGAGUGCAAACGAGAUGGCGAAGAUCACACAGGGCUUGUCCGAUAACCUCUUGUUGUCCGUAGUACGGGCCUGGGAUACAACGGGUCUGAUAGAUCCGGUCAGAGAGAUACCAGGUGUAACAUGGCCCGAGGAGGAGGGAUGGAAGGAUGGGCCAAAGAGAAGGAGGAUAUUGGUUGCGCCAUCAAUGAACACAGCCAUGUGGUUACAGCCGAUCACGACAAAGCAAGUGCAGGUGCUUGAAGAUGAGUGGGGUGUCAAGAACGGUGGUUGGUACGAGGUAUUGCAGCCGAUGGCGAAAGAGCUAGCAUGCGGGGAUGUUGGCGGCGGUGCAAUGAGAGAUUGGAGAGAGAUUAUAGGCGUCGUUGAAGCAAGAGUAGGUUUGGUUGCGAACGAGGGCUAAUUUCUCCUCGUUCCCAGUGCCCGGGCAGUCACUACCUCACUAAGUAAAGAGUGACAGACAAGAAACUAACCAUUUUGCCUGGCCUUCAUCCAGUCAAUCAUGACUUCGCCACAAGUUUUCUGUGAGAUUCUUACAAAGGGUUUGCCAAAGUCCAUAGUGUCGAGUUUGCUUCGCCAUUGCGUUGAUGGAGCAAAAAGGAUGUUAUCUCCCCCGGAAAGGCUCGAACUUUCAACCUCCUGAUGUGCAAUCAAGCGAGUUGCGGAUAACAGUCAGACGCGCUAGCCAAUUGCGCCACGGAGGAUCAACUUGUAAAGUCAAGUUGGUGGUUGCGCCACGACUUUUGAUGGGAAUUUUGUAAAAAGUUCAUGUUAUACUUUGAGACAAUUGAGAUCGAGAAUUAGAGUUGAUC